GCCGGGGGCCGCGGGGUAGCCAGCGGGGGGUCCGGCUCCCCCUCCCAGCCGACGGGAGGGGGGCGAAGAGGGCCGUCUCCCACUUUGGCGAACACUUUGGCACUUUGCUGGACCCGGAGCAGGAAGGGGUGGAAAUAUGGGGAAAGUUGGAAGUUGCCUGGUGACUUUGGCCGGACUUUUGCUGGCGGCGGGAGCGCAGACGUUUACAGGAUGCUGUACUUUCGAUGAGCCAUUUAGCACCUGUGGGUAUAGUCAGUCAGAUGAUGAUGAUCUUAACUGGGACCAGGUGAACACGCUGACAAAACCCUCCUCAGAUCAAUGGAUGCCUUCUGGUUCUUUCAUGUUGGUGAAUACAUCUGGGAGAUAUGCAGGACAGAAAGCUCACCUCCUGAUGCCCCAUCUAAAAGAAAAUGAUACGCAUUGUAUUGAUUUCCACUAUUAUGUUUCAAGCAAGAGUGGAUCUAGCCCUGGCACUUUGAAUGUGUAUGUGAAAGUUAACGAUGGACCUAUUGGUAACCCAGUGUGGAACACAUCUACUACUAGUACUUGGAACAGAGCAGAACUGGCAAUUAGCACUUUCUGGCCCAAUUUUUAUCAGGUUGUUUUUGAAGUGGUAACUUCAGGUCACCCUGGAUAUGUGGCCAUUGAUGAAGUGAAAGUUUUAGGACAUCCAUGUACAAAAACUCCCCAUUUCUUGCGUCUUCAGAGUGUGGAAGUCAAUGCAGGACAAUUUGCUACUUUUCAAUGCACUGCCAAUGGUAAAUUCACUACAAGUGACAGACUUUGGUUACAGGGUAUUUACGUGAGGGAUGCACCUUUGAAGAACAUAAAAGUGUUCAAUGUUCGACGAUUUGUAGCUCUUUUUAAUGUGGUAAAUGCCACGAAGCGGGAUGCUGGCAACUAUCGCUGCAUGAUUCGAACAGAAGGAGGGGUUGGAGUAUCGAACUAUGCAGAACUAAUAGUGAAAGAGCCACCAGUUCCUAUUGCUCCACCUCAGCUGUCCUCAGUUGGUGCAACUUACUUGUGGAUACAGUUGAAUGCCAAUUCUAUCAAUGGAGACGGACCCAUUAUUCAAAGGGAAGUUGAGUAUCGAACUUCAAGUGGAAGCUGGUAUGACAUACAACCUGUGGACUCCACGAGCUAUAAGAUUGGACACCUGGAUCCUGACACUGAGUAUGAGAUCAGCGUGUUACUUACAAGACCAGGCGAAGGAGGAACUGGAUCUCCCGGGCCAGCUCUCAAAACAAGAACAAAAUGUGCUGAUCCAAUGCGUGGGCCACGGAAAUUAGAGGUUGUGGAGAUCAAGUCUAGGCAAAUCACUAUUUGCUGGGAGCCAUUUGGAUAUAACGUUACGCGUUGCCAUCGGUACAACCUCACAGUCCAUUACCGUUACCAGGCUGGAGGACAAGAGCAAGUGAGAGAAGAAGUAAGCUGGGAUACAGAAAGUUCACAUCCACAGCACACCAUUACUAAUCUUUCACCAUAUACAAAUGUCAGCAUCAAAUUAGUACUAAUGAAUCCGGAAGGACGAAAAGAAAGCCAAGAACUUGUUGUACAAACUGAUGAAGAUGUUCCAAGUGCUGUACCACUUGAAUCCAUUCAAGGGAGUACCUUUGAAGAGAAGAUUUUUCUUCAGUGGAGAGAGCCAGUGCAAACAUAUGGUGUCAUUACUUUGUAUGAGAUCACCUACAAAGCAGUCAGUUCCUUUGACCCAGAAAUAGAUUUAUCCAAUCAAAGUGGACGAGUCUCAAAGCUAGGAAAUGAAACGCACUAUCUCUUUUUUGGAUUGUAUCCCGGCACUACCUACUCUUUUACCAUCAGGGCCAGCACAGCUAAAGGCUUUGGACCUCCUAUCACAAAUCAGUUCACCACUAAAAUAUCAGCACCCUCUAUGCCACCAUAUGAACUCGAGACACCUUUGAAUCAAACUGACAGCACUGUGACAGUCUUACUGAAACCUGCACAGAGCAGAGGCGCUCCUGUCAGUGUCUACCAAAUAGUUGUUGAAGAGGAACGCCCUCGGAGGACCAAAAAGACAACUGAGAUCCUGAAGUGCUACCCAGUGCCCAUUCAUUUCCAAAAUGCCUCACUUUUGAAUUCCCGGUACUACUUUGCUGCAGAGAUUCCAGCCAAUGGCUUACAAGCUGCUCAACCUUUUACUAUUGGUGAUAACAAAACCUACAGUGGCUUCUGGAAUACUCCUCUUCUUCCUCAUAAGAGCUACAGCAUCUAUUUUCAAGCUGCUAGCAGAGCCAAUGGGGAAACCAAGAUUGACUGCGUCAGGGUAGCCACAAAAGCUGCGAUAAUCGUGACUCAGCUUACAACACCAUACAUUCGCAUCGCCCCUGCUGCAGGCGACGACCAACUAACAGGGGCUGCUACUCGAAAACCAGACCCAGAGCCUGAGAAGCAGACCGACCAUACUGUUAAAAUUGCUGGAGUCAUUGCAGGCAUCUUGCUGUUCGUCAUUAUAUUUCUGGGGGUUGUGCUGGUAAUGAAGAAAAGAAGAAGCUAUCACUCCUACACUUACUACCUAAAAUUGGCUAAAAAGCGAAAAGAGACAUUGAGCAGUACGCGGCAGGAAAUGACAGUGAUGGUGAAUUCAAUGGAUAAAAGCUACACUGAGCAAGGCACCAACUGUGAUGAAGCUUUCUCUUUCAUGGACACACACAAUCUAAAUGGGAGAUCUGUAUCUUCACCAUCUUCAUUUACAAUGAAAACUAAUACACUGAGCACGACAGUGCCUAACUCUUAUUACCCAGAUCCAUUUGUGCCAACUGCAAUUUUAGUGCCAAUCAAUGAUGAAACCCAUACGAUGGUCAGUGACACAAGCAGCCUGGUUCAAUCCCAUACCUACAAGAAGCGAGAUCCAGCAGAUGUGCCCUACCAGACUGGACAGCUUCAUCCAGCCAUCCGUGUAGCUGACUUACUGCAGCACAUCACCCAAAUGAAGUGUGCAGAAGGCUAUGGAUUUAAAGAGGAGUAUGAAAGUUUCUUUGAAGGACAGUCUGCACCGUGGGAUUCAGCUAAGAAAGAUGAGAACAGAAUGAAAAAUAGAUACGGGAAUAUCAUUGCAUAUGAUCAUUCUCGAGUGAGAUUGCAGCCCAUUGAAGGAGAAACAAACUCUGAUUACAUCAAUGGAAAUUAUAUUGAUGGUUAUCACAGGCCGAAUCACUACAUUGCUACACAAGGACCGAUGCAGGAGACAAUAUAUGACUUUUGGAGAAUGGUAUGGCAUGAGAACACAGCCAGCAUAAUCAUGGUUACUAAUCUCGUGGAAGUGGGAAGGGUUAAGUGCUGCAAAUACUGGCCAGAUGACACAGAGAUAUAUAAAGACAUUAAAGUUACCCUAAUAGAAACAGAGCUCCUCGCUGAAUAUGUGAUUCGAACAUUUGCAGUAGAAAAGAGAGGUGCUCAUGAGAUUCGAGAAAUUCGUCAGUUUCAUUUCACUGGUUGGCCAGACCACGGCGUGCCAUACCAUGCGACAGGCCUGCUGGGAUUUGUACGGCAGGUCAAGUCCAAGAGCCCGCCAAACGCUGGACCUCUGGUGGUUCACUGCAGUGCUGGCGCUGGCAGAACCGGGUGCUUCAUCGUUAUUGACAUCAUGCUAGAUAUGGCAGAAAGAGAAGGUGUUGUAGACAUAUACAAUUGUGUGCGAGAGCUUCGAUCUCGGAGAGUUAACAUGGUGCAGACAGAGGAACAGUAUGUAUUUAUCCAUGAUGCUAUCCUGGAAGCCUGUCUUUGUGGAGACACUUCUAUUCCAGCUUCUCAAGUUAGGUCUGCUUACUAUGAAAUGAAUAAAUUGGAUCCUCAAACUAACUCCAGCCAGAUCAAAGAGGAAUUUAGGACGUUAAAUAUGGUGACUCCGACGCUGCGUGUGGAAGACUGCAGUAUAGCACUUUUACCACGAAAUCAUGAAAAGAAUCGCUGUAUGGAUGUCUUGCCUCCAGACAGAUGCCUGCCUUUCCUCAUAACGAUAGAUGGGGAGAGCAGCAACUACAUUAAUGCUGCACUGAUGGAUAGCUACAAGCAACCAUCAGCCUUUAUAGUUACGCAGCAUCCCUUGCCAAAUACUGUCAAAGAUUUCUGGAGGCUGGUCCUAGAUUAUCACUGCACUUCAAUAGUUAUGCUGAAUGAUGUGGAUCCAGCCCAAUUGUGUCCUCAGUACUGGCCAGAAAACGGAGUACACCGACAUGGUCCUAUUCAGGUGGAGUUUGUAUCAGCUGAUUUAGAAGAAGACAUCAUCAGCCGGAUAUUCCGAAUUUACAAUGCAGCCAGACCCCAGGACGGCUAUCGGAUGGUGCAGCAGUUCCAGUUCCUGGGAUGGCCCAUGUACAGGGACACGCCAGUUUCCAAACGCUCGUUCUUGAAGCUCAUCCGCCAGGUGGAGAAGUGGCAGGAGGAGUACAACGGGGGAGAGGGACGCACAGUUGUCCAUUGCUUGAAUGGAGGUGGCCGCAGUGGGACGUUUUGUGCAAUCAGUAUUGUUUGUGAAAUGCUUCAACAUCAGAGGGCUGUUGAUGUAUUCCAUGCUGUGAAGACACUGAGAAAUAAUAAGCCUAACAUGGUGGACCUUCUGGAUCAAUAUAAAUUCUGCUAUGAAGUGGCUUUGGAAUACUUGAAUUCUGGCUGAUGGCAUAAACAGCGCAGACACUGUUCCUCCCUCCACCACCACAAACAAAGCAAGUCGUUUCAUGAUAUCUGUGUCAAUGAGAUGAAGACUUCUCAGUGUUAUGCUUCUACUGCUUUGUAUAACUGGCUCUUUUUAAGAGCCCAAAGAGAUGUUUAUAAAACUGCUUGCACUGCCCAUUUUCCACUAUUAAUGCCGCUGCUUGACACCCAUAUGAGCGUACACCAAACCACAUGGCGGUCGUUGAACACUGUAUUCAUAUGUAGCCAUCGAUGUGGUGAAGCAGCAUAGUCCUCUGGUAAAUAAGAGAGCACAAUUAUAUUCUUAUGAAGGAAUUUGUACUCUUCGUUAUAUUUUGUCGCCUGUGAUUCUCAGUUAUUGUCAUGGCCUAGUGUACAUUUCUGUUCUGUGGAGGAUGCUAUCUGGCAUUUUGAUAAUAUAUGAUUUUAGUUAUAUUUGCAUUCUAACACGUGCAUAAUAAAUGAAUCAUAUGUAGCUUAUUUGAACUAAUGGAAAGACAUGUACCAAAUCAUGUUAACUUUUUUGAGUUGUAAUUUCUAUCCACUUUGUACCAUUUCAGAGAGAGAAUCUUGGUAGAAAUGCAGUUAGACAAAUGCAAAAUACAGGAUGCUCAGAUUAAUAUAUCCAAAGCUUUUUCAUUUGUUUAUAUUGUAAAUAUUUUUUGAUUUCAUCAAAUUAUUUAUUCAUUAAAAUGAAUUUUUUUGUGAAGCACAGUGAGUGACAAUCAUUUUUAUUAAGCCCUGGAAAUGCUUACUGUAUGAUAGUGUAAACAUUUGUUUACCUUGUAUGGAUUCUCAGCUCAAUAAAUGAUUAUACAUGAUAAAA